AUGGUAAGUUCAACUAGAGGUAAACGUAAGGGUAGUAAAAUGACUCUCUAUAGCUUAAGUAGACCUUUUAGAGUAGUAAUAAGGGCUACAAGACUCAAGGCCAAAGGGCAAGUGCCAGGGCAAAGGACCAAAGGCCCAAACGCCAAGGCCAAAGGGCCAAAGGGCCAAAAGCCCAAAGGUCAAGGCCAAAGGGCCAAAAGCCCAAAGGUCAAGGCCAAAGGCCCAAAGGCCCAAAGGCCAAGGCCAAAGGGUCCAAGGCCCAAAGGCCAAAGGAACCAAGGCCCAAAGGCAAAGGCCAAAGGGCCUAAGGCCCAAACGCCAAGGCCAAAGGGCCCAGGCCCAAAGUCCAAGGCCAAAGGGGCAAAGCCAAUGCCUCAAGGGCCACAAGAGAGACCACGGCCAGUGGUCUCCACCACAGCUCAUAAAGCCCUUCGUGAAGUUGCCUUGGGCAUGUGA